AUAAUAAAACACAAUGGUUUUUGAAAAUGUCUUACUUUUGAGACAUUUGAAUGGCUGUGAUCAUUUUUGAUGUAUUUGAGGGUUGAGAUUAAACCAUUUCCUGCCCAAUAAUCCUUCUCCAAUUUGCAGCGGCUCGACUCUGAUUGAUGGACUCCUUCAGUCACUGCCACCCACCGUCUCACUCCUUUCUUUUUCUCUCACUCAUUACCUCCCUCUCUCUUUUUCCCUCUAUCCAUCGCCUCCUGGCUGCUGCGCAUAAACCUCCAUUCUGUCUGCACUACUCAAAAGCACGGUAGGUGGAGAGCGCAGUGGUUUCUGGGUCUCUCUCUCUCUCUCCUUCAUAUUUUCUCCGUGCAUCCAAGACUACAUGUUAUGGACAAUAUUACUAUUUUUGGUCAAGUGGAUGGAGAUUUACACCGAACCGUUCGAUUUCUUCAAGAAAAAAAUGUUAAUGUUGUUAUUCGCGAUGAACGUGACCUUAAUACUAUUCGCAUUCGUGAGGCAAAGGCAAAGGAAAAAGAAAAGGCUACCCCUUCUGGCAAAGGGAAGAAAAAUGUCCAUCCCGUGGAUUGGAUCGAAAAAUUUAUGGAGCUUAAAAGGAGAAAUACGACUAGCUUGCUUCGAUGGGGAUGUAAUAAGAUUAUUGUGCAUGUUCCUCAUUGGGGAUACAUACAAGUUGAUACAAAAACUUUUUGGAAAGUAAUGAGAAGAAAGUUUGGGCGAACACAUAUUUGAAGACAUGUUAUUGAAAGAUUUUUUGUAAAUCAUACAUAUUUUGGAAAUGUUUAACCCACUUUUUGUAAGGUUUUACCCACUCUUUUGGUGUAUGACUAUAAUAUUUAUUUUUCUUAUGUAGUUAUAAUUUGAUGUCAGUAGU